AUGGUCUCGACCCCGACAUUCGGUGCAGCCUCGCGAUGGUCUCUGCCAGAAGUCACGUCUCCACAACGUGUCAGGGAUGGCGAAAGGCAGGCAAGCUCGAGAGUCUGUGAUAACUGCAUUCGGAAGAAAAUAAAGUGUGAUUUGAAACGACCUUCAUGCUCUCGCUGUUUGGAGCGUGGAUACACUUGCACAUAUUCGUCAACUCGGCGCAAACCUGGCCCGGCCCGUGGAGCUCUUCAGGGCUCCCACCGUGGCUUACUCCCUUCAAGGUCUUCACGCAGAUCUUUUGUCGCUACCUCCACAGAGGCUUGUAGUCUGGAAGCAAUCGACACGCUCCAAGAUCGAAGGACAAGUACCGAACCUUUCAGACAGACCGACUUUCAAGUCAAGGAAGGAGAAGAAGAACAUCUCCUGAUAAAGUACCUGGAUAUGAUUCACGAUGCUAUCCCCAUCUUCUCUAGGCAGCGGUUCUUGCCUGGUGUUAGGUCCUCGCUGUACAGCCGCGAUCUCAUCUCGACGUUGGUCCUAAUUACAGCGAAGCUGACAGGGUUCACCUUUUCCUCUGACGACAUUGAUAUCGACGCCUGCAUUGACUUGAUGCUCAGUUCAGGGUCUCUGCAGGAGGACAUGUUUGGCGAUGUUCCAUCACUUGAUCAAUUUCGCAAAGCCUGCCUGUUGGCUUUCUAUGAGUUUCACCAGUUCCCCGGUCGCCAGGCUUGGAUGCGGAUCAGUAAACUCAUCAGAAUGGCCUAUUGGAUUGGACUCGAUCAUCUCGAGAACCUCCGGCCUUCUCUCCCGUACUGGUGUGAAAUGAGCCAACAUGAACUUGAGGAUUGGCGUUUGGUUUGGUGGUGCGUCUACCGCCUAGACUCCUACGCCAACCUUUCGGUCGGAACACCAUAUCUGAUUGAUGAGACUCUUGUGAAUACCGCCCUUAUACGAGAUCAGCCCUCGGACAGUCUUGAAGAAAGCCAGCCAGGCCGUCAGGGACAACUGUACUUACCGUCUCAGCCGGACCGCCUAUGGGAGUUGCUUUCAGCCAUCGCAUCGGAUUCACCGCAGACGUCUUUGUUCAAUAUACACAUAAUUACCACGACUGCUACGCGCCAAGUCGGACGCGUCGCCCGACUGAAUAUGCCAGGGCGACAAGGGGAAACUAAUGCUUAUCUCGCCGAUCUCGAACGGCGCCUUUCUGCGCUGCGUCUUGCUCUCUCAAUAAACUAUCUCAAUCCUAUGCGCAAUGCGUUCACAAACGAAAGUGGCUCCGAACACCAUGCAAGACUGGUCAAUCUCUUCCAUUUAUCCAUGGCGCGACUUCUCAUCUCGCUUAUGCGCUGCGCUGGUAGAGAAGAAGGGAACGAAUGGCUAUUAAGCUGGCAACAGGUCCUUGAGACGUGCCGAGACAUCACUUCUUUGUCGGAACAAUGGAACGGCGCAUUCACCUUAAGCGUUGAUCCAGCAAUCUCCUUCAUACUUUUUACAGCACUGAUUUUUUUAAACCUUCACAAGAGGUUCGCGGCAGUGGCCGCAUCCGCCAUUUGUACCCACAUCGAGCAUUGCGAGAACGUCCUUCUGCUGCAGCUCGAGCAGUUUGCAACCGCCUGGACACUCCCUAGGCUUCUCAUCCGUGAGUUCAUGACGAUUUUGCUUUUAUGGAGACCCAAGAAGUAA